AUGAUAGGACUGCUCAGACUGCUGUGGUUGUCAAUAUCGAUGAUAACACAGCUGCGAUGCUUUUGUGUAUGCGACGAAGUGUUAGCUGCACCUUCACCACAACAUCAAAAUGCAGUGCGCUCCCAAAGAGAUUUGAUGAACGAUGUUACCAUAGAUCAAUUACCACUCGUAGGUGUGAAUCUGAGUAGUGCUUUGUUUAAUGAAGAAUCUAAAAAUGAUACACAGUCACUUGCUGCAUUUCAAUCCCUAUUGCAAAACGGUGUUCAAGCAUUUUCGUUGGAUCUCGAAGAAAGAAGUAGUACAUGGAUGGUUCGUCAAACAAAUAUACAACUCAGCAACUUCUUGACAAGCCUUCAAUCUUACAUCAACACUACAGAUGAUAAUUUAUCGGCAAAUAUUUUGGUAUUGCUAUUGAAGAUUUCGUCCGGAGGGAACUCUAAUACAAACCAAACGGCGCGGCCCGUUCCUUAUUUCAAUGCUACCACUCCUUCCAUGAAUAUCACAAAUAUAGUAGAUCAAAAUUUGGGACGACAGAGGAUAUAUACACCUGAUGAUCUGUUAAAUGACAAGGCAGCGGGGUUAACGUUUAAUAUUUCAGGUCAACCAAACAGUGGAUGGCCCAGGCUUCAGUCUUUCCUUUACUCGAGUAGAAGGCGAGUACUCAUAGCUGAAUUGACCAAUAAACUGGACUCACAGGUGCCGUAUAUCUUCAAUUCUUCAAUUUUGUUCUUUGAUGAAAAAAAUAAAAGUUUAAACUCACCAAAUUCCACGGAAGACUACACAAGGUUAACACAGAUAGCCUGGAGGUUUCUGGAUUCACAAUUCACAUCAAGAGAUAUCAGAAUUCAUAUGAGUAAUGGAUAUUCUCCGCUUAUAUCAAAUCCCUAUUCAACAUCAAACAUAACAGAAAUUACCAAUCUUUUUAACACAAGCAUUAUAUGGUCAUGGGCUAAUAAUCAGCCCCUCAUCGCUCAGGUAGAUGCUGAAACACAAAGAAAUGAAUUAACUGCAAAUAACUGUGCUGUCUUAAAAUACUCUCCAUCAAAUUCUACAGCAUUUUGGAUGGUAGACAAUUGUUACGAUAGCUAUGAAGGAUUAUGUAGAAGCUCAACAGAAACUUUUACAUGGCUGAUUACAGAUUCAAGGGAUACCUAUUUUGAAUUUGACAGUAACUCCGAAUCCAAGUGUCCUGAAAACUAUUCAUUUGCCCUCCCACGAACUCCACUGGAACAGAACUCAUUAAUAAUGCAUCUUGACCAUCUAAGAUCACUGACAUACCGUAUUUGGAUUGAUAUGAAUUCUAUCGCUGUUAGCAAUUGUUGGGUCACGGGUGGGCCCUAUGCAACAUGCCCUUAUCAAAAGAGCGUAUCGAGAAGAAACUUCGUCGAAAUGCUUACUCCAGUAACUGUUUGUUCCUUCGUAAUACUGGUCAUGGUUUCAUAUUUGAAUCUGCUUAGAAUUCCAAUUCUCAGUAACAGAAAGUCUUGGAAGAGGAUAGUCAAUGAUGUUUCAAAAUCUGAAAUGGAGGGUGUUCCAUCUUAG